CGUUGCGUCGCUGUCGUUGGCAGAGGUCGUCGCAAAAAUUGUGUACCCGCACAUCGUCGAAGCUGAUUGUACACAAAGACCUCGGUUGGACACUUGAGAUUUUCAUGAUAGUUUUUAUUUUAUGUAGUAGGUAUGCAAAUCUACAGCAGUAAAUGUGUAUUAGGCAUAUACCUAAUACUGGCUAAUUAAAUUAGCUUCCAAUGUUCAUUACUCUGUCUCUUUACGAGUGAAAUAGCCCAAAAGAAUAAGUUCAAAAGUUGAUAGCUAGGAUAAUGACGAAAGGAAUUUAACUGCAAAAUACCUGUUUAUGUAUCAACUAAAUUGGCAGAUAAAUUAUAUAUCUUUCAAUAUCCACUAAAGAGUGCAGAUGUUGGUUAUGAUGAUGCUAUUUUCUUGGAAACAUCUAUGAAACCGGAAAAUGAAGAGGUAAAAAUUCAAGUUCAACUAGAAACACAGUCUAAGAAUUAUGACGAGAGUCAAGGAGAAUUUUUAGCUGCAAAUAAUGUUGAAUCAACUACAAAGAAAAAAGAAGAACAAUUGUUUAAAGGAGAUCAAAUGGAUAGAAUAUUUUUAAAAUCUUCGCGAGCCGAACCAAACUGUGACAACUACGCUAUUGCAAUUUUUCAAAAUGAUGAAUUUCACAUAACUCCUCUUAAAGGAAUCAUCCAGAUGAGACCAGAUUUUAGCUAUUUGGACAGAGUAGAUAAAAAAUUUAAGGAUUCUGGAAAAAAUGGUGGAGAAGGAUUCAUGGAUGCAGAUGAUGAUGAGCCUGAAGAACAAGAAGUUCAUGCAAAAUUUGCUAAGAACAUUUCCGAUUAUGCUAAACAACAAAGAGAAAAGUCUUUUCAAACCCAUGCCAGAAAGAGUAUGGAAGAAGAGUGGGUACCUUGCAAAUUUCAAAAAGCAGAAGAACCCAUAAAGGAAGAAAUGUUUUGUCAUGAAGUUGACAAUGAUAGAAGUAACAAUUUAAAAUUAACUCAAUCACAGUAUUUAAAUAUAUUAGCUCCUGUAAAAAAAACUAAAUUGAAAAGUAACGUCAACACGUUGAAUCCUAUCAAUACAUUGAGUUAUAUACAGACAUUACCGCUACUUGAACAAAUUAGUCUACUGAUGAAGGAUGCUAAAAUCAUGACCUUUGAACACUUAAGGGCAAUAAUUUCAUCUGAUCAUAAAGACACAGACAUUUUGAAGAUUCUUCAAGAAGUAGCAGUUCUUGUUCAAAACAACUGGGUGGUCAACAGUAAUAUCAUUUACGAUGAAAACUAUACAUCUGAUAGUGGUAUUGAAUCUGAGUUGAUGCGUAGAGCUAGAAAUUAUAUUUUGUUAUGCUACACAGAAAGAGAGUAUAUCCAGGAUAGAGCAGAAAUUUGCUCAACAGUAAAAUUACCUAUUGAAGAGGUAACCCAAAUCAUUGAUAAUCUAGCGAUAUAUGAACCAAGGAAGGGUUGGAGAUUAUUAGUGAGUUCAACAGAAUUUGCCAAAAUGUAUCCCGAUAUAGCCAAUCGACAAAUUUUGGUUUGGGAAGGCAGAGGAAAAGAAAUACGUAAAUUGUUGGAAUCUCAGCAGCCUCAGCAAUCCAAGUCACCGCAAAGACGACAGCGAUGACGUUCUUGACAUUAGUAGAAAUUAAUUUUGAUCGUCAUAAUAGGAAUCAAUAAUUUUAACAAAUUCAAUAUUUUCUCGUGAUUAUUAUGUUAGAAGUAUCGAAACGUAAAAUUGCAAAAGGAUCUAUAAAAUACGUUGACGUAUUAACGCAUUUUUGAAUGCAGGUUUCGAACCAACUAUCUCUUUUAUAAACUUUUUACACAAAAAAAAACACUAUAUUUUCACUGUACAUGGUGAAACUUCAUUUUUGUACAUAUAUAAACAUAAACGGAUUUAUAAGAUUGAUCUUAUUACUAAAUAGUUGGAUAAUUCGUACAUGUUUGUAAAUAUAUAAGUGUUAUAUGCAUUGAUUUGCAUAAAAUAAAUUUAUUUACAAUAUAAAA